AUGACUAUUAAUGGUCCAACACGUCGAUUCAAACGUUUAUGUGAUCAACUACAAACAGCUUUACUGUCUGGUACUUCGCAUCCGAAUUUUGUCGCUCAUAGCACAUUAAAUCCUAACGCACUGGCUGGAGGAACUUCAUCAAUAACCAAUGUUUCUCCAACAACUAAUGUUGGUACACCUAUUUUAAGCCAAUUAACUCCAUCCCCUGCACCAUUAACUUCCUCCAAAGCACCAAGUCAUAUUUUGGAUGAACAAACUACAGGACAAAGUAAUAAUUCUGCUUCUCUUUUCAAUCAAAGUCAUAUUAAUCAAUCUUUACAGUCCCGGUUCAGCGAUGAAGAUGCACUGUUCUCUUCAAAGUUAACCAAUCCUGAUGAAACUACUACUACAAAGCCUCAUGAAACAUUGAAUACUACGACAGAUUCCCUCGUUUGUCAAUGA